GAUUUUUCUUUAUUUUUCAUUUUCUUUUGGGCCAAUAUUAUGUCGGGACUUGGGUUUAGAUACGCCGAUAUUGGUGCUCUAAGGAAAGUUAGGUCCAAACAUUUAAAGUCCCCUAAUGAUGGUGACAUUAGUCUACAGCAAAUUCUGUUAUUAAGCUACGCAUCAAACAUGAUUUAACAACAUUGAGCAUUAUCAUUAGUCCUACCCAAAAAGCAAAACAUAUAUAUACGCGAUACGCCUCAAAUGAUUACAUCAUCAGAAAAUAACGAUUUGUAUUUUUAUUCGUGAAUCUUUGCUUUACGUAUUGGCUGAGACUGCAUUUUAACCUUCAGAAAUAAGAAAAAACAUUCAGAAGUAAAUGUAUUGAGUUGAUAUUCUAGUUGUUAAAAAACAUUUUCUUUGCAAAUUUUGCAUAUAAUGAUUACAAAGAAGCGAAAAUGAUUGAAGGCGCGUCGGCGCAAAUGAUAAGAUGUCGGCGUGUGAGGAUACAAAAUAAAACGCACGGCCGGGUCGAGUGUUUUCGGGUCCCCUAUAGUCACGUGAGGGGACCUACCUGCCCAUAUUACCCUCUCGAGCCCAAAACUGUAGAGUUCUCAAAUUCGAUUUAAUUAAAUUCAGACCACUCUAACAAAACUUCUUAAAAUAAAAUCCUAAUAAAUCAUCUUUUAGCUGUGAAAAAAAUUACACGUCUUACAUUUUUAACAUAAACACGUCUUACAUUUUUUAACAUAAACACGUCUUCCAAGUAUUGCGAUUGAUAAUCGAAAUUCAAAAGAUACAUCUGUGUAAAAAUAGGGGUUAGAUAUAGAUUUUAAUCGAUUAUGUAAAAAGUCUACAAUUGGUUAACAAAAAUAAAAUUCUGUUUUUACUACAAAAUAAAUAUGAUGUUUUAUAGUUUAACAGUUUAACUAAUUUCUUUUUAUUAGUUUGUUAUUACUACCACGUUCUAUAAAACUAAUGGAUACAGAAAGUAUAUAAAUUCUUGAAAUGAACGUAUAGAGAGAAACAGUCAAUAAAUAUUGGAUCCAUGAUUAUGGUGUUAAAUGAAGUGAUAGAUCCCACGUCCCACAUGGAUAUGACUGGAUCACAGCAGUUUAUUGGCCCACAACUUUGAAGGAGUUCAGAUUCAUGUGGAUUGUGUUUUUUACCAACCACUUGAUUUAUUCCAUUUCUCAAUAUUUAAUCAACCAAUAUUGCCAACUAUUUCUUUGAUAUUUGGUAUCAUCCUUGUGUGAUCUCGACUGAUUAAUUUUCUUUUCUUCUAUAGACAUACCAUAUACUUAUACAUAUUUAUGUGCACAAUCCUAAGUUCAAGAAAAAUAAAUACAUAUAUACUUUCCACACACGUUAAUUUUGUUGCUUUUGGCAGGAAUUUACAAGAAGAUACUGUAAUGUGAGUGUUAAUUUUGAAACUAAAGCACUUUGGAUUCCAUACAUAUACAGAAUAAAUUUUAGUUUUAAGGAAAGAGAGGACUUAUAUGAUGUACUCUCUAUAAUAGUAAAAGAAGGAAAAAGACAAAGAAAAAGUGAAAGACAAUGAGGCAACAAGUUGGUGAUAAAAUAAUAGAGGUUUCAAAAGGUCAUUAUAACGAUUUACAUAUUAAUUGGCCAACAUGGCAAGCUCUCAUUUCAUUCAACUCCUAUAUUAAUCAUCUCUUUUCAUCCCAUUUCACACCUCUCUAUCUCCAUCUCUCCAUAAGAACCCUAGAAGGUUGAUGUUGUCCUCUUUACACUUCCUCCACUACCAAAACUAGAGCUUUUGAGGACAAACUCAAAGUUUCUCUUGUCACCUCUACUCAUAAAAACCAAAGCGUUUUAUAUAUAUAUUCUCAUUUCACAAAACCUUACUUUUUGAAAAUUUUCUUGGGUCAAAGAAAAUAUUCAAGGCCUAGAUUAUAUUUAUCAUGAUGAUGGGAAAAGAGGAUUUGAGUUUAAGUCUGAGCUUGGGGUUUGCACAAACUCACCAUCCUCACAAGCUGAUGAAUCUCAAACCCACUUCUUCACCCAUAUCUAAUCUCCAGAUGUUUCCAUGGAACCAAACCUUUGUUUCCUCCUCAGGUGCACUUCUUCUUCAAGAUCAUCAAAGCCAACAGUUGUUUACGAAAAUAAACGUGAACAGCUUGCCGGUUGAUUUGGAGGAGGAGACAGGAGUUUCUUCCCCAAACAGCACGAUCUCUAGCAACGUGAGCGGCAAGAGGAGAAGCGAGAGAGAAGGAACAUCAGGUGGUGCUGGAGAUGAUCUCGACGUCACUUUGGAUCGAUCUUCCUCACGUGGAACCUCGGAGGAAGAAGAAGAAGAAUACGGUGGAGAGGCUUGUCGGAAGAAGCUUAGGCUAUCCAAAGAUCAAUCCGCUGUUCUCGAAGACACUUUCAAGGAGCACAAUACUCUAAACCCCAAACAGAAGCUGGCUUUGGCUAAGAAGCUAGGCUUAACCGCAAGACAAGUGGAAGUGUGGUUCCAAAACAGAAGAGCAAGGACCAAGUUGAAGCAAACUGAAGUAGACUGCGAGUAUUUGAAGAGAUGCGUAGAGAAACUGACUGAAGAGAAUAUACGGCUCGAGAAAGAGGCUGCGGAGUUGAGGGCACUAAAGCUUUCACCGAGAUUGUAUGGUCAUAUGAGUCCACCAACCACGCUUCUCAUGUGUCCAUCAUGCGAACGUGUGGCCGGACCAUCCAACCACAACCAACGGUCUGUGUCUUUGAGCCCGUGGCUCCAAAUGGCACAUGGGUCAACUUUUGAUGUGGUGCAUCCUAGAUCUUAACUUUAUUUCGUUUUUAUGGGUCAACUUUUGAUGUGAUGUACGUUUUAGAUUAUUGACUCCCACUACAUCAAUACUUAAAAGCCUUUAGCAUUGUUAAAAAAAAGCCUUUUACAUUUUAAAUUAAUUAAAUCUGAUUAAAUUAGAUGUUCUUGUCUUCUUGAUGACAAACAGAAUUGGGAAAAGGGGAAAUCACCUUUUUUU